AUGGAGAAAGUCAAGAAGAUCCUCAUCGCCAAUCGAGGAGAAAUUUGCGUCCGCAUCAUCAGAACUGCGAAGAGACUCGGGAUCCAGACUGUGUCCAUCUACACUUCUGCGGAUGCAGCAUCACUCCACGUCUCCGACGCUGACGAGGCGGUUCUGCUUCCGACUCUCCAGAGCUAUACCGAUGGCGACAAGAUCAUAGAAAUUGCAAAGGAGCAAGGCUGCGAUACCAUCAUUCCUGGCUACGGCUUUCUCUCAGAGAAUGCCGCAUUUGCAAAGGCCGUCAGUGAUGCAGGCCUAGCAUGGGUGGGGCCCAAUGAAGACGCCAUCAAGGCUUUCGGCAUCAAACACACGGCCCGUGAUCUGGCCAAGAAGUCCGGUGUACCCAUUGUGCCCGGUACGGAAGGCUUAGUCGAGAACGAAGAUGACGCUGUUAAGCAGAGCGAAACGCUGGGCUAUCCGGUGAUGCUCAAGAUCACUGCUGGUGGUGGUGGCAGCGGUCUCAUCACAUGCCAGAAUGCCGAACAGGUGAGAGACGGCUUCAAAAAAGCACAAUCUCGUGGUCAGGCUCUCUUCAAGGACUCUGGUGUCUUCAUCGAGCGCUUCUACCCAGAGGCACAUCACAUUGAAGUCCAGAUCUUUGGCAACGGACUCGGCCAGGCUGUUCACUUUGGAGAGCGCGAGUGCUCAAUUCAGAGACGACAUCAGAAAGUCAUCGAGGAGUGUCCAAGUCCAUUUGUCGAGAAGCAUCCGGGGCUACGGGACAAGAUCUGUAGUGCUGCGGUCCGUCUUGCUGAAUCAGUCAAGUAUGGAUCGGCUGGGACUGUCGAGUUCUUAGUAGACGAUGAGACUGCCGAGUUCUUCUUCUUGGAGAUGAACACGCGACUCCAGGUGGAGCAUCCGAUCACAGAGGCUUGCUAUGAUAUUGACCUCGUUGAGCUGAUGCUGAAGCAAGCUGAUGCACAGCUCGCCGGACAUGGCGGCCUCUCGGCAGAUUAUCUCAAAUCUCUACAGCGGACGGGCCCCUUUGGUGCUGCUAUUGAAGCCAGAGUGUACGCGGAAAACGUGCUUCGAGACUAUGCGCCUUCCCCUGGUCUCCUAACAGAAGUCUACUGGGCAGAACUGCAGAACGCACGAGUUGACACAUGGGUGAGAACGGGACUUCGAAUCUCGCCCAACUAUGAUCCAUUGAUCGCAAAAGUCAUAAAUCAUGCCAAGACUCGCGAAGCAGCCAGGAAGGGCCUAUGUCAGCUACUUUCUCGCUCGAUAGUUAGCGGGCCGCCCAUCAACUUGGACUUCCUCGCCAACAUCGUUCAAAGUGAUGUCUUCCAGUCCGGGCGUACCAUUACCUCUUUCUUGCAAAGCUUCGUAUACGAGCCUUGCGUGAUCGAUGUGGUUUCGGCCGGUGCGUAUACAUUGGUGCAGGACUUGGAAGGUCGGCCCACUAUCGGAAAAGGCAUUCCUCGUAGUGGCGCGAUGGACCCAAUUGCAUUGUCUGUUGGAAACGCCCUCGUGGGUAACCCACGUGGACAAGAAGGACUGGAGAUUACACUAUCUGGUCCAGAGCUCAAAUUCCAUGGCGCCGCGGUUAUAGCAUUGACUGGAGCGCCUAUCGAGGCGAAAUUGGAUGGUGAUGACCUACCAAUGUGGACGCGUAAACAUAUCAAGCGCGGGCAAGUCCUGAAGAUUGGUAAGACCACAGCGGGAGGCUGUCGUAGCUACCUGGCUGUGUACGGCGGGUUCCCGUCAGUCGCAGAAUACUUUGGCAGCAAAUCGACAUCGCCCAUUGUCGCUAUUGGUGGCUACCAAGGACGACAGUUAGCCCCCGGUGACCAGCUCAGCCUAGUCAAGGAAAUACCAUCGACGCUCGGCGGCCAUCCCAGCGUGCCUGAGUCGUUGCGACCUCAGUACAGCUCCCCGUGGGUGAUCAAUGCCUUGCCUGGUCCACACGAAGAGGGCUACCUUACGGAAGAGGACAUCGAGAUGCUGUAUAGCACAGAUUGGAAAGUAUCUCACAAUGCAAGCAGGAGUGCUAUCAGGCUCGUGGGACCGGUCCCCAAAUGGGCGCGAGCAGACGGUGGCGAGGGCGGGUCGCAUCCUUCGAACCUCGUCGAGUACGGCUACUCGUGCGGUUCGCUGAACUGGACUGGAGACGAAGGAUGUAUCUUUGCCCUGGACUGUCCGAACUUUGGUGGCUUUGUCAGCUCUGCCACAUGCAUUCGAGCAGAUUACUACAAAUUAGGCCAACUCAAAGCAGGCGAUACGUUACGAUAUCAGCGCGUAUCUCUGCAAGAAGCCCUGGCCCUUCGUCAGAAUGUCACCGACUACAUCGAGGGCAUCAGUAAGGCUAUUGUGACUGGCAAUUUCGACCCCGUGCAGCCUCUCCGGCCAAGCUUCGAAGCUAGUGGUAAAUACGGCAAGGCGGUAUUGUGGGAGCGUGCAGCGUCCGGAACCCAGCCUCAAGUGCGCUAUCGUCAAGCCGGCGACGACUACGUGCUGGUGGAGUAUGGCAAUGAGCAGUUUGAUCUCAACUAUCGAUGCCGAGUCACUGCUCUGGAGAAAGCCAUCACUGCACCAACUGCUCCAGAAUGGCUCAAAAGCAGUCUCGUUACUACCGUCGGCGGCUGCACUUCGCUCGCCAUAUGCUACAAUGGAGCGAGCAUGAAUCGCGAAGAGCUCCUCACGCAUCUCCAAGCUCUCGAAGACGCAAUCGGAGACCUCAGCAAGACCAAAGUGCCCUGUCGACGCUUCCGAUUACCGCUCUCCUUUGAAAGCAAAGAACAAACCGAAGCCACCAAGCGGUACAUGGAAACGCAACGGCCCCACGCCCCCUAUCUGCCGGAUAAUCUCGACUUUGUGGCGAGAAACAAUGCGUUCACACCGGAACAGCUGAAGCACAAUAUGCUCAAUGGAGACCACAUGGCCGUUCUUGUCGGCUUCUUCUGCGGAAAUACCGUCUCUCUGCCCGUCGAUCCGCGGAAACGCAUGUCGUCGCCCAAAGCGAAUCCCAGUCGGGUCUUUACGCCCGAAGGAACUUUUGGCUGGGGUGGUUCUUGCGGAAGUAUCUAUCCCGUUGAUUCACCGGGAGGGUAUCAAAUGCUUGGACGAACCAUACCAUGUUUCGACCCCUACGGCUACAAAACCUCCUUCUCCCCAACCCGCCCCUGGCUCUUCCAAGACUUCGACCUCCUCACCUUCCACGCCGUCAGCGAAGCCGAACUCACCACCUCCAUCGCCCUCUUCCACGCAGGAAAAUACGAAUUCUCCUGGACGCCCGCCGAAUUCGACAUGGCAGCCCACAACGACCUCCUGACCAGCACAGCCGCCGAAGUCGCCGCCAUUCGCGCAGAACAACGACGUGUGCAAGAAGAAAUGAUUCGUGCGGAAAAGUCAUCUCUGGCGAAAUGGAGAGAGGAAAAGGGGAAGAGGGCGCAGGCGGAUGAGGGGCAGGUCGAGUCUUUGUUAAGGGACCCAGGGGUGAAGCUGAUUGAGGCGCCCGUGGAUGCGAAUGUCUGGAAGGUGGAGGUCAAAGAAGGGGAUGUGAUUAGGCGGAAUUCAGUGGUGGUGAUUUUGGAGGCGAUGAAGUUGGAGAUUAAUGUUUGUGUGCCGGAUGAUGGUGAUGGUGGCAGUGAGGUGGUGGUGGAAAAGGUGUUGGUGGAGCCUGGGGAGACGAUUCGAGCGGGGGGAAGGAUUGCUCUGGUGAGGAUGAAGUGAUAACGUGCACUCUUCGGGGUGAGAUUUGAUGAGAAUAUGGCAUUUUUGUACGCAGACUGAGUACCUAGAUGUCCAUUUGUGAAAUUUGCAUAACGUUAUGUUGAU